AUGCCUCUUCCUCCUUCGGCUCUGAACCAAAAGAGUAGCCGAGUUUAUUCGGUUGCGAGAGUGUACCAAGACGCGUGUGCGAAGAGAUCUCAAGAAUACUGGGAUUACGAACAAGGAGUGACCGUGGAUUGGGGCAAGAUCGACCAUUACGAGAUUGUCAAUAAGAUUGGACGCGGUAAGUACUCGGAGGUGUUUCGGGGCAAGAGCGUUGUGAACGACCAGUACUGUGUGAUCAAAGUUUUGAAACCAGUAAAACUCAAGAAGAUUUACCGUGAACUAAAGAUUCUGACAAACUUGACUGGAGGACCCAACGUGAUUGGACUGCUCGACAUUGUUCAGGACUCCGGCUCCAAGAUUCCCGCGCUGAUUUUUGAAGAGGUGAAGAAUGUCGAUUUCCGCACGCUAUAUCCAAAAUUCACUUUACCAGAUCUCCAGUAUUACUUCACGCAGCUGCUCGUAGCUCUGGAUUACUGUCACUCCAUGGGAAUUAUGCACCGCGAUGUCAAGCCCCAGAAUGUUAUGAUUGAUCCGGUAGAGCGCAAGUUGAGACUCAUUGAUUGGGGGCUCGCCGAGUUUUACCAUCCCGGUGUCGACUAUAACGUUCGCGUAGCCUCUCGUUAUCACAAAGGCCCUGAACUGCUGGUCAAUCUAAACCAAUAUGACUACUCUUUAGAUCUAUGGUCAGUCGGAUGUAUGUUUGCUGCCAUUGUGUUCAAGAAAGAGCCGUUUUUCAAAGGAAGCACUAAUCCAGACCAGCUGGUCAAGAUUGCGCGUGUUCUAGGGACCAACGAGCUGCUAGCGUAUCUCCGCAAAUACGGCCUCAAACUACCACAAGAAUAUGACAAUAUCAUGAAAGAUUUCCCUCGCAAGAACUGGACAGAGUUUAUCACCCCGGAUAACAAUUUAGCUCAGCCGGCAGUUGUGGAUUUGAUCGACAAGCUUUUGAGAUACGACCACCAAGAAAGACUAACGGCCCAGGAAACUUUGGCUCACAGCUUUUUCAAAACAGAUUACAAAGAAUGA